AUGUUGGCGGAUCUACCAUUGGGUGCCAGAUCACAGGUAUCCUGGCCAUCGUCCCCCAGUGCGGCAGUUGCGGUUUCGGUGCCGGCCCCGGCAGCCAGAGGGAGCUUCGAAAGCGGCUGGAAGUCGGCGCCUCGCGCUGGCUGCCAUGUUCCUCCAGCUCUGGGUGCAGCAGUAGCUGCCUUCAGGUUGAAAGGCAGACACAGGCGACGUGCUGUCUGCCGAGGUCGAAGGAUUGGCCGAGUGUUGCGCUUUAGCCGUUCCGACGAAUGGCAAGCAGAUGGCACAGACGGUGGACAGGAGGCUCCGGACCUCAAGACCUGCAUGGUUAUGGCAGGAUUCUCCUUCGAUGCCUACACCUUGAUCGAUCGAGCUCAGGGGGUAUGGACCUGUCAGGGGAAUCAAGACCAGCGCGGCAUUUGUGGAGUGCAGGCGGUGCUGCUAUCCUCCACCUUCGUUCGUGACGCCUUCCGUGGCAUCUUGCGCGCCCGCGUGCUGAGUGCCCAGGGCCUGCGGGGCGCUGGCAUGGCAGGGGCCGUGGCGGUCUUCUUUCGGACGACAGCGGGAGAGUCUGCGGGUGGCCUCCAAGGCUUUCAGCGCAACAGCGUCCGGCGGGGUGUUCUGAACGGCCUGGCACAGUGGCUGGACGAGGACGACUCCGUCUACCUCUACGUGCCCAAAGGUGCCCUGGCAGACUCAGCUGCUGACACCUCGGAGGAGGAGCCAUGCCUCCACAUAGAGGUGCACAAGAGAAGCCUUUUGGACAACAGCACCAUGGGCAUUCUAGGAACUGCUUCCAUUCCCAUGUCGCAGUGGGGGUCUUCUCACCUGAAAGAGCUCUGUGUGCCUUUGGUCAACACUGACCCAGCAGACGAGGGGGAGGAGAAUCAGCCCGGUGUGGUGAAGCUGCAGCUGGAAUUUGAUGAGUUUGGAGAAGUUUCAGAGGUGCCCGAGAUGGGAAGCGGCGUGGAUGAGCAAGUGGAUGACGUGACUGCGGAGGCCCGCUAUCGACGUCGAAGGUUUGGCAGCAAUGUGCCCACAGAGGUUCGCUUGCCUGAAACCGAGCGCUUGAACUAUCAUCAGCUGGAGGCGGCGCUACGUCGCCGAGGUCUCCCUUGGCAGGGUGACAGUCGAGAGGUUCUAGAAAAUCGUUUGAAGACGUCCAUUGCAGCUGAGAAGGCAAUUUACGAUGCGGGAAGCUGGUGGAACACAGUUGAGAAUUUUCUGGGUACAGACCGCAAGGCGCAACUGGCCGGCGCCUUGGAUGUGGCUUCCAGUGCGGCGGAGACUUUGUCAGGCGAUCUCUUCGGGGCGCUGGGCGCGGGCUUCAUGUCAGGCGCCAACGAGAUCGCGGGCGUGGGAGAGUUGUUGAAGGGCGACUUUGCUGGGGCCGUGCAAAAACGCCGAGAGGUUUGGAAGGAAGCCAGCACAGAAGAUGGUCGGCUGGCCUUGCAACAGAAGGCUGAUGCAGCUGUGAAGAGGGCGAAAAAACAGGCCAUGAUUCGCCUCGCCCAUGGGAUGGAGCUGAUGUCAGUUCGCAGAGGGGCUUGGAAGAUGUUGCAGCAAGCCAUUGAAGACGAAGGAGCUGCUGAGGGUCAGACUGCCUCCUUCGAAAGCUACGAGCAGUUGGCCUACUUGGAAGCUCCCAGUACCAACACCGAAUGUUGGAUUUGGCGCUUCAACGCCUCCAAGCGCAUCGUGGUGACCUGGCGUGGCACCGCCGAUUUCGGAGAUGUGCUCACCGACAUCGCGGCAAUUCCAAGGGUCAUUCCUGGCCUGGGCAAGGUUCAUGAGGGAUUUUCUCGAGCCUACGACUCCAUCCGUGCUGCCCUUCAUGCUGUCCUUGCACGUGGAGUGCGUGGAGACGGGCGUGGAUGGGAGAUCAUCUUCACUGGGCAUUCACUGGGUGGUGCUCUGGCAACGUUGAGCUCGGUGGACGUGGCUCAGACCAUCCGUGGUCUGCCAGCAUCCUUUGGCCUCAAGGAGGAAGUUGGGCAAGUAGACAAGCUUUGCCCCUUGAGGGGCUGUGAGAUCGUGAAUGUGACCUUUGGCGCUCCACGCGUGGGAAGUGCGCGCUUUUGCACAGCCUGCGACGAGUUUGUGCCACGCACUUGGCGUGUCUUCAGCACCUCCGAUGUGGUGCCCACCGUGCCGCCCAAGUAUCUCUGGGGCUUUCUCCAUGCUGGCAUUGGCGUGGAGCUUGAUCCCGAGAAGAAUACCCUCACUGUGAGAGGUCGCACAGCAGAUCUCAAGGAAGCGCUGGCAGAGGAGGAGGAAGAAGACAAGGCGAGGUUGGAAAGAGAAGCAGCAGGGGAGGAGCCUGAAGGAUCUUCGUUGAUGUUGGCCUUUCAAGGUGAUGUUUGGGCCUCCUUUAACGGCGAUGAGUUGUCCGAGCUCAGGCGUGUCCUGGGGACUGGCUCGCAGGCAGUUGGCGAGCAUAUGGAGGACAACUACUUUGCAAGAAUCACUGAAUGCAUCAGUGAGUCUGUGAGGGCAACGUGA